UGGCCAAGAAGUCGGUUUGGUCGUUUGUUUCGUUCAUAAUAGCUUCUGAAGAGUGUCUGUGUCUGUCUUCUCUGUGUUGUAGUGAGAGAAAAAUAAAAUAAAGAGAGAGAAACAUCAUAGAAGAGGAAGAGGAAGAGGAAGAGAAUAGGAAGAACUUCUCUUUCUUUCACUGAGAUCUGAACCAACAAAACAAAAACAAAACCAGAGUUUGGUGUUUGUUCUCUGUGAUGAAGCUCGUUACCGAUUCUGCCCAUGAUAUUUGUGUCUGAACUUUAACGUUGUCUUUGAAGAGAUUGUUCUUUUGUUUCUGCGUUUCGAUGAAGGAGGGUGAGAAGGUAUUGGAUCCGCAGCUAUGGCACGCGUGUGCUGGUGGCAUGGUUCAGAUGCCCAAGGUGAACUCCAAAGUCUUCUACUUCCCACAGGGUCAUGCAGAGCACGCCCACACCAACAUUGAUCUCAGGGUUCCGCCACACAUUCUCUGCAACGUCGAGGCGGUGAAGUUCAUGGCGGACCCAGAAACCGACGAGGUUUUUGCCAAACUGAGUCUGGUCCCUCUCAGAAACUCGGAACCCGGUACCGACGCGGAGGGGGGUGCUGACGUGGCGGAGGCUUCGGAGAAGCCCGCGUCUUUUGCGAAGACUCUGACGCAGUCGGACGCCAACAAUGGUGGCGGGUUUUCGGUGCCACGGUACUGCGCGGAGACGAUUUUUCCGCGGCUGGACUACUCGGCGGAGCCGCCGGUGCAGACGGUGGUGGCAAAGGACGUGCAGGGGGAGACGUGGAGGUUCCGGCACAUAUACCGAGGGACACCACGUCGGCACUUGCUGACGACUGGGUGGAGCAGUUUCGUGAACCAGAAGAAACUGGUGGCUGGGGAUUCUGUGGUGUUUCUGAGGUCUGAAAAUGGAGAGUUGUGUGUUGGGAUUCGGAGGGCAAAGAAGGGAAUCGGGUUUGAGGUGUGGAACUCUGCUUCUGGUUCAGGGUCUGGAAGUAUCGGUGGAAGUGGGAAUUGUGGGAUUGGUCCUUAUGGGCCUUUCUCUUUUUUCCUGAGAGAGGAGAACAAGAGCUUAAGGAAUGGUGGCGGCGGCGGUGGUGGUGGGAAUUUGAGUGGCAGGGCCAAAGUGAGGCCUGAGGCUGUUGUUGAAGUAGUGACCCUGGCUGCUGCUAACAAACCUUUUGAGGUUGUUUAUUAUCCAAGAGCCAGUACUCCUGAGUUUUGCAUUAAGGCUUCUUCUGUAAGGGCUGCUAUGAGGAUUCAGUGGUGUUCUGGGAUGAGGUUCAAGAUGGCCUUUGAGACUGAGGAUGCUUCCAGAAUAAGCUGGUUCAUGGGAACCAUUGCUUCUGUUCAGGUUCUUGACCCCAUUCGCUGGCCUAAUUCCCCAUGGAGGCUUCUUCAGGUAACUUGGGAUGAGCCAGAUUUACUGCAAAAUGUGAAGCGUGUUAGCCCGUGGUUGGUUGAACUGGUGUCAAACUUGCCAGUGAUAAAUUUCACACCUUUCUCUCCACCAAGAAAGAAGCUGCGGUUUCCGCAGCACCCGGAGUUCCCCCUUGAUGUUCAAUUUCCAAUACCACCGUUUUCAGGCAACCAGCUCGGGCCUAACCACCCCUUGUGUGGUUUUUCAGAUAACGCUCCUGCAGGCAUACAGGGAGCCAGGCAUGCUCAAAUUGGAACAUCACUAUCAGAUCUCCACCUUAACAGUAAACUGCAGUUGGGGUUGCUUCCAUCUAAUAUCCAGCAACAUGGACUGUAUAGUGGGAUUUCAAGUGGUAACACGACCAACCAUGAUAAGAGCAAAGAAAGCUUAUCACACUUGCUGACCAUUGGGAAAUCUAGCAAGACUUUGGAGAAAUCUGAUGAUGUUAAGAAACAUCAGUUUUUGCUUUUUGGUCAACCAAUACUCACCGAGCAACAGAUUUCUGGAGACGUGUUGUCCCGUGGGAAAAAAUCACCGGAUGAUGUCAAAGACAAAGAGAAGUGCUUUCUGGAUGACUCCCAAUCUGCACUCUUUUCAUCAGGGAAAGCUUCUGCUGCCGAGUUCUCUUGGCAACUUGGCUUGGACACUGGUCAUUGUAAAGUUUUCUUGGAGUCAGAAGAUGUUGGAAGGACCUUAGACCUAUCACGGCUUGGUUCUUAUGAAGAACUCUAUAGAAGGCUUUCCUACAUGUUUGGAGUUGAAAGAUCUGAGAUUCCAAAUUACGUGUUCUACUAUGAUGCAAAAGGUGCUGUUAAGCAAACUGGAGAAGAACCUUUCAGUGACUUCAUGAAAACAGCGAAAAGGUUGACAAUUCUGACGGAUUCAGGCAGCAAAAAUGUUACAAGGGCCUUUAUUACAGGAACUCGGAAUGGUGAACAUGGACUGGAUGCAUCAAAUAAAACAGGCCCUCUGAGCAUAUUUGCUUAAAAAAUGCAUCUGAGACAUUGUUGAGAUCUGGGUAGUGGUGGUGGUGUGUGAAUCUUUUAUCGAGGUUACUAAUGUUAAUGUGUACCUAAAAACAAAUAUUUUGUAAGGUUGGCAUUGCUGUUUUUUUUUAAGUGUACAAAUAAUGAUGGUGUUAUGAUGGUCAACUAUUAUUGUAAUAAUCAAAACCAAGAUUUGGACCCCAUUUGGCAAGUUGCUUUUUUUUUCCAUUGUGGUCUCACAUGCUGGUUUCUACGUGUCUCCACGUCAGCAGUUGUGCAUAAAUUGAAGAAAAGUAAUAAUGGGGUGUUUGAUGAGUGGA